AUGGCGGCGCCCAGGCCUUCGCUACCGAUCUACUGUUAUAGUGCCUAGAAUAUACUGUGAAACGGCCUCAACCGUAUGCUCUAGAGAACAUUACCGCAAUAUACGUUUUUAUUUCGCGUCCGCGAUGGCAACCAAGUGUUCCUGCAAGGGCGUCAGAACGUGCCUCGCUUGCGAGCAAGUUAAGGAGCCCAGCAAGCACGCCAUAUCCAAACGAAAGGUGCGUCAUCCGUUCACCUUUUGCACCGACUGCCAGCUCUGUUGGCCGGGAUGGAUCGACGAUAGCGGCGGUGACGAGUCGACCGACAGUACUGCGGACAUGCCCCCGCUCAAAGUGUCGGGCAUCGAGGUCUACGAGGACUUCCUGACGUGCGAAGAAGAGUCAUACCUGGUGAACGGCAUCGACUCGCGCGAAUGGGUCGGCUCGCAGUCGGGUCGCCUCAAGCAGGACUUCGGUCCCCGCGUCAACUUCAAGAAGAAAAGAGUCAGGGCCGGCGAGUUUUCCGGCCUGCCGGCGUACUUCACGAGCGUCGAGCGAAAGAUGAACCGCUGCGCGGUCGUCUCCGACUUCGAGGCGGUCGAACUGUGCAACCUCGACUACAAUCCUAAGCGCGGUUCGUGCAUCGACCCUCACUACGACGACUGGUGGCUGUGGGGUCACCGGCUGGUGACCUUUAACCUCUUGUCGGACACGGUGUUGACCCUGUCCCGACCCGAGCAGCACUGGAUGCUCACCGACGAGGACCUGAUAGAUGAACCGUCGUCCCCGGCGGUCGACUACAGUCCGCAGCGCCCCUUGACGGUGGUCCACGACAGAAGCGUCUGUAAGACGUGGAGCGAGGACUUCAAGGACUCCGUGUCGACGCGGACUCCUCCGCGAUUGUGCGCCGUGCAGGUGGCGCUACCGCGGCGCUCAAUGCUGGUGCUGUACGGUGACGCACGCUACAAGUGGCACCACUCGAUACUCAGGGAGGACGUUUCGGGUCGCCGGGUCGCCAUGACGGUGCGAGAGCUGUCCGAGGAGUUUCUCGAAGGUGGCGCGUCGGCCGACGUCGGCGCUGAGUUGCUCGACAUCGCAAAGUUGCGUGUGUGAACAAGUCGACUGAUUGCACGAGACGUCAUAGACGCCCUAGUUUUCUUUAACAUUCUCGUGCUCCAAUAUGGCGAUGUAAAUGACGUCAAGGCAGCCUAAUCGCGUGGCAUUAAGCCCUGUGACGAUUACCGUGGAACGUUGUUGCCACCUGCUCACAAAUAAUAAAAGAUUGUGCAGAUGAUGUACUCACAACCUUUGAGUGACUCUACAAACGUGUCUCACCGUGUGAGUGCACCAAUGGGGCUGUUUUAGUGGCGUCAAUGCAAGCCAUCUGCAGAUUGCUUGAACUGACGUCACCAAAGCCACCAUUUUGAAGCACCAGGAUGGGAGGUGCGAAAUUUUUGAUGGGAAAUUAACGUUAUCAAACUAUCAUGUGCAAAUUGCUUUGUUAUUUACGCACAGAGAUGUUCCUGCCAUGCUAUCACAUUGAAGAAGGUUAACCGUCGCUUGUUGUUUAUCAAAACAGCCAUUUCGGAGUGUUAUUACGUUCAGAAUCUGUGUCCAUGAAGUCAUGUGCAGGCAAACUAUAAACUUUAACACACUGCAUUGAAGGGCUAGUUAGUGCAUCUUCAUUGUCACUUUUUAGUGCAACAAAAAACAUUGCAGGGUUGAUAGAAGCACUGUGUCCUGUCGUUUUGUUGUGCUAAAAGUUACUAUGAACCAAUAGGCAGAAUAUGUUUGUUUUCCUUUUGGGGAGAAGCCACGCAAUGAGUGUAAUUGUUGGUCUUGUAGUUGAAAUUGGGAAUAGUAGUUACAAGCAUAGAGUUUUCUGAAA